UCGUGAUAAGAUAGAAUAUAGAAAUUAUUUAAGACGUGCAGCUCAAUUAGGCAAUUCAGAUGCUCAGUUUUUCUAUGGAAGAUAUUUGUAUGAGAAUCAUGUAUUCAUUGAUGGAAACAAAAAGAUUGGAAAACAAUAUUUGAUAAAAUCAAGUGAGUCCAAUGAAGCUGCAAAGAGUAUUGUGCUCGUAAAAAAUUAA